GACGAACAGGUUGCCCCACUCUAUGGGAUACACAUCAUAUUCAGUAUGUGAACACGUCUCGAAAAUCGCGGUGGCGGGCAGUUCAGUUCAGCAGCAAAGCAUUAUUACGCCCGAUUUAUAUUGCCAUGACUACGACACUGAGCGAGCUGGAGCAGGCAGCUCAGGCAGCAGCCGCUAAGGCAUUGGCCGAUAAAAAGGAGCGUGAAAUAUACAAUAAUUUUGCCACACCCCUGGCUGGCACGUUCCUCAACUUGCCACACGAAUCGGUGGAGUUAAAGUGCCCAGCAUGUGGCGUACGGGAUCAAUCGGUGGUCCAGAACGAUCUCAAAUGGUGGGCCACCGAAAUCAAUCGCAUCGUGGGCUGUUUAUUUGUCACCUUUUGCUGCUGCUGCUGUUUCAACUACUAUGUCCCCUGCAAACAAACGGAUCGAAGCCAUUAUUGUGGCAACUGUGGCUGCUACUUUGGGCGGGCCAUGAAACGUCCACCACUUAAGCUGAAGGCGAACAAAUAAGUGGAGAACGACCAGUCAGUCAUACUUGUAUAAACAUACAUACUCGUACAUAUGUAUACUUGUAUGUAUUUUUAUUUUGAAAUACUUUUGUAUAUAAUUCUUAGGAGCUUCCCACCCACUGCAAUAAACCAAAGCUAAAUACCAGGGCGCUUGCUCGCAGCCAUCGAAAA